CAAAACAGGCAAAUUCAUUAACUCAUACACAUAGCAAUUUUAAUUCUUAUGUGCAGAUGAGGAGUUCGUAAUUUAAAUGAUGCAACUAUUCGAACACUAGUUCUGUCAGUUUUAACGCAUCUGUUUCGUUGAGGAUGACACAACUGCGCGUAUGCUUAUUUUCGCGCAGGGAUGAUCAUCACUGUACAAAUGGGAUGAGUAAAGAAUUAUGUUUUUGAGACAAGUGUGCUGUUCGUGCGCUAGGAUCGUGUAAAUAGUAGAUAUGUAUGUGUGUGAUGUGUGCUAGCAGGAGAAAACGAAUGAACUGUCGCUUUGGUGUGCGGUCGUAGGUUCUUCGUAAGAAUAUCGUCAUCGAGUACACAUCAAACAACGUUCAGUACAUUUUUUUGGUUUUGAUUCGAAUAAAAAGUGAAAACGAGUUUUAAAUACGUGUAAGCUAUUGGUAAUUUAUAAAAAAGAACACUGUCCGCUGCGGAAAGGAAAUUUGCCGCGUUGUUGCUAGCACAAAAUUGUGAAAAUAUAAUUAAAUAAAAAGGGGCAUACUAUGAAAAUAGGAAGGGCGCUAUGAUUAUGUUUGUUCCCGAAAUUCGGUGAUUGUUGCUUCGGCCGCAAAUUUAAAAAAUUUUCUUCCAUAUAACGAAUAAAGACAAUGUAGUGCGUCCGAACCACACGUAGCACAUGCGGUUCAUAUUGCUGAGUCGACGUGCUUGUUGUGACCUUCCUGUGUGGCAUACUUACCAGUGCACUUGAUGCCACAUGCGGAACACUCGUCACGGCUGACACUAUCGUUUAGCGUACGGCGCCGCAUGAGGUAAACUUGCUUGAUGCUUGCUAUUGCAAGAGCAGGAUCAGGUUACCGAGCACACAUACAUAUGUGGGUCAGCGCACAUGUACAUAAACAUGUCAAUGCAAAAUAGUAAGUAAGCAUUUUGAUUAGAAGUAGGGGAAAUAGGGAGUGGCCAAUGUUGUGAUUGGUCACUCAUAGAAAUAAGAAUUUAUAUUGUAAACAUAUAAAAGACGGCGUUAAAGAGUUUUAUUUCAAGAGUCAAAGAUCAUGCAUUUUAAUGCAUGCGCAAAAGCAGCUAGAGAGCUAAGAGAAUACUUAAAGCUAGGUUAAACUGUAUUAGUUUACUAACACUUUACAACAAUUUCUUUUUAUAUGGAAGAAACCCGCAACACCUUCGGCGUCCAGUGCAGAUGGUGUGCAUAUUGCCGGUAGAGCCGAUCAACACAGAACAGAGCUGAAGGAGCAUUAGAAUUAGGAAUGGCACAACUGCGCAUAUGCUUAUUUUCGCACAGGGAUGAUUAUAUCGUAUGAUAUAACAUACAUAUUCAUACAUAUACUCCCCCUCCAGAAAACAUCUCAACCACCAGUUGCACAGCCAAAGGUUGAUGAAAAAAGGUUAGUAAUGACUAUGAAGCAGGCUAGUUUGAUAGCAUCAACAACCAUGGUUUCAUUUUCUUCAAUUGGAUUACUAAAAGGUCAUAUAUUACUGAUACCACUAGCAGGUGCCAUAUUCUCCAAAGAUGGCAUGGACAACAUAUACAAAGAUAUGUUUACAGAAAAGAUAAAUGAUCUAACGAAGGGUGCCUUGAUAGCAUCCAUAAACCAGAGUUGUCAGAGCGGCGGACAUUCGUUGGCUUAUAGCAAAUGUCAUAUUGCUAUUUGUGCUGCUUUAAUAGCAACAAGAAUGAUGAAAGAUAGAUCUGUUGCUAACAAUAUAGUAUGUAAAACAUACAAACAGUAUGCUGCUGCUGGCAAACCAUAUGAUCCAGCAAAAUUCCAAGUAUUUGCCAAAUAUGCUACAGGUGGAAUUCCAGAAACAUUUAACCUCAACUCAUUAAUGGAUGAGCUAGUUAACAUACAAAAGUUAAGUGCAAGAAACCGAAUUGCCAUUGAAGAAAAUAAUAGAGCCAUUAUAUACACAUGCAGCUCAAAUGAAACUACACAAGAAAAGGCCAAAGUUACAGGAGAACAGACACCAACUGGAAGUUCUGAAAGCCAAUGAUGAUACUCAGGAACACCAACAAACACGUAUUUAAGUUCUGGUCCUGAAACUUUAGAAUUAGAAACUGAAAUAGAGUUAAGUGAUGUAGAUUCAAACGAAUGUUGCUGUACUGACGAAGAAAAUGAAAAUUUAGUUCCUAAGUUAGUAGAAGACGAAUUAUUUCUUAAGUUGAAUAAAUUAUCAGCAUUAAUUUUAAAGAAUACAAAUAUUAAUUUUACUGUUGAUGAACUAUUGUACUUAUUCAAUUUUAAGCCUAUUAUUAGAUUGGUUACUUUAGAUUUAUCUGUUAACAAAUGGUUAUCUAAGCAUCGUUGUUAUAAAAAUCAAUAUAAGAGGCUAAGGCUGUUGCGAAAACACAGUCUUAAAAUAUCAAAAUUAACAACAGCUUUUGUAACAGCCUUAAUGUUAAUUGAAUCAAAUAAUCAAACAGAUGAUUAUAUAAAUAGGUUUAGUUCUUGUUUUACCUUAAGCUACAAAACUCCCAGAAUAUCUUGGAAUGUGUGAUAACACCAAUAACUAGAGGGAAAAAUGUCAAGUACUAAUCUAGUGAGGUUUAGUUAUCAUAUUAUUAGAUGCAUUCCUGACUAGUUUUAAUAAAAUAGUUUAAAGUUUUGUUUUAAGUUAAUAUAAGGUUGACCAUUUUCCUUGGUAAUGAAUCUGAACUUCCAAACUUUGUCUCCAUCUGAUUUCUUAAUCCUUCGAGACUCUGGUCCAACCUUAAAAAGAACAUCAAUAGGAAAUUGUAAGGACAUUGAUGUUUUGUCCCAUUCGAGUGUCUCAUUAUAAUCUGGACAUAACUUCAAAAACUCAAUUUCUAGACUUUUGAAAUCAAAUUGUGUUCCUGAUAUAAUUGAUGCACCAUCUUGUGGCGAAAUGCCAAACAUUACUGCAUCAUGUAUACAAUCAAAUGAUUGUAUUAUUUUGAGGGCUUUUGCCCUUUUUUUUUAAUUUUGCACAAGGUUUGAAACUUUUAUUUUUGGGGUUUUUGUUGUAGAAUUAA